CUAGCGAGAUAAUAUCUAUGUAUGUAUAUCCCUCAAUUCACUCGUACGAAAUUGGAAUUGAAAAAUAACUCGUUAAUUUCAGUUAAUUCGAUCAUAGUUUAGUAUCAAACAAUGUAUAUUCACAGUCUAUUAAUUACUGUUUUAUAAUUACACCGAAGUAUUCUUCAAGUAAUAUAUCAGGUUAGGGCAAGAAUAUGUGUACAGUAUAUUUUAUUUACAUUUUUAUAAUCGCUUGCCUCGUAAUACUUGCAAGAAUAUAUUUUAUAAUAUUUUGUACACGUAAGAGGAAACGAAAAACAGGUCGAGAUCAUCCCGUUAAAACGUUAAUAAUAUUAGGAUCCGGUGGGCACACAGCAGAAAUGAUAAGAAUUCUGCAAUGUUUAGAUUUUAAAAAUUAUUCACCAAGAAUCUAUGUACAUGCCGGCACAGAUACAAUGAGCGUAGACAAAGCAAAGGACUUGGAAAAGAAUAACAGAGAUUAUAAAAUAAUUAAAAUUCGUAGAAGCAGAGAUAUUCAUCAGUCAUAUUAUACAUCCGUUUAUUCCACUAUUUCUGCAACUUUGGAAUCAAUUCCACUUUUAUGGAGAGAAUGCCCAGAUUUACUUUUGUGCAAUGGUCCGGGCACUUGUGUUCCUUUAUGCGUCGUAAUGUUUCUGUACAAAGUGUUCUUUGCCAAGCAAACUACUAUAAUAUUUGUCGAAAGUUUCUGCAGAGUUAAAACAUUAUCUUUGAGUGGAAAAAUUUUGUAUUAUAUAGUCGACUAUCUAUUCGUACAGUGGCCAUAUUUAAGCAAACCGAUGUACACAAGAACAAUUUAUACACGAAAAAUGCAUAAUCACAUGCUGGUUACAAAACUAAUUCCAUGGGACUUGAUAGAAAAUUCACAGAAUUGUUUACCCGUGGAAAUGAAAAUACAUUUAACAACGACGAUAAUCAGAUUAAAAAGCUUUGAUGAAAAUAAAAUGGAUGUUUCAAGAAAGUGGGUAGAAAAUUCAUUAAUUCGAAUCGAAGCUUGUCUAGACAAAACAUGGGAAAUACUAAAUUCGGGUUAUUGGCAGUCGGUUCCAAUUGAUUAUAGAUAUUGUUAUUCGCUCUGUGCUAUUUUAAAGGCGGUACUACUAGAGUUUCAAUAUGACGAUGACGAUGACGAUGACGAUGACGAUGACGAUGUCGUUAAGAAUACGACUUUAUUAAAAACUAUUGUCCAACAAAUUGAUAAAGGUAUUUUGUUGGGAGCACCACUUCCCGACAUGCCUUCUUUAUUGCCAACAAUCGCCGAAAAAUUAAAUAAACAUUGUGCAUCAGAGCCGUUGGAAUCAUCGAUUUUCAAAGAAUUUACCAUCGAUCCUAAAAAUUUACUAGAUUUUACACUGCCCGGUUUCACCGAAAUUGCUUAUCACAAUGAACCAUCAAUGGAGUUAUUUUACAAAGAAAUAUUUCUGCCAAAAAUUCCAGCACUGUUAAAAGGUUGUAUUAAACAUUGGAAAGCUUUAGAACGAUGGCAAGACUUAAAUUAUUUAAGCAAAGUAGCAGGGAAUAGAACAGUACCAAUUGAAAUUGGAUCUCGUUAUACCAAUGAAGAUUGGACACAGCAACUUGUUAGUUUUUCGGAAUUUUUACAAAAACAUAUAUUAGAAAAAGAUAAUGGAGUUGGAUAUUUGGCACAACAUCAGCUUUUUGAGCAGGUACCUGAACUAAAAGAUGAUUUUACGAUACCCGAUUACUGCAGUUUUACAGAUAACAACGAAGUGGAAACUCCAGACAUAAAUGCUUGGUUUGGACCUAGUGGAACUGUUUCACCUUUGCACUUUGAUCCAAAGAAUAAUUUUUUGUGCCAAGUAUUUGGGUAUAAAAGAGUUAUUUUAUAUCACCCAAAAGAUUCACCUAAUUUGUAUCCAUAUGGUACAAGGUUACUCAAUAACACUGCACAAGUAGAUCCUUUAAAUCCGAAUGAUGAAAAGUGGCCGGAUUUUAUCAAAGCUAAAGGGUUGGUGGGUUAUUUGAAGCCAGGAGAAAUGCUUUAUAUUCCUCCAAAAUGGUGGCACCAUGUAACAUCAUUAACUCCAAGUUUCUCAAUCAGUUUUUGGUGGGAUUGAGCAUAAUAUAAACAUUUAUUUAGGAAACUGUUAAAUAUGUAAAUACGCUAAAUAAAUAUUUAUAAAAAACAUAGGAUACGAAAUGUUAAUAUUAAUUAUUAACUGUACGUUAAAAAAUAAUACAUACAUAUCAUGAAUUUUA